UCCAAUCGCUACCCUUGUUCCUCCAUCUUCCUCAUCUUUCCUCUUUUUCAACAAUUUUCCUUCUUCUUCUUCUUCACACACACAGAUCUCUUCUCCAUCAACAUUACUCGUGGUUUUGCAUCUUCUUCUUCUCCAUGAGGAAAGGGAGAGGCUCUUCCAUCGCUGGACCCGCCCUUCCCGUACCCGCCGGUAACCACAACGGAUCUGUCAAGGAGCCAAGAUAUAGAGGCGUUAGGAAGAGACCUUGGGGCCGUUUCGCGGCAGAGAUCCGUGAUCCGUUAAAGAAAUCUCGAGUUUGGCUCGGUACUUUCGAUUCCGCCGAGGAUGCCGCUCGAGCCUACGAUGCCGCCGCUCGUAACCUCCGUGGUCCAAAGGCCAAGACCAAUUUCCCGAUCGAUUGUUCACCUUCUUCUCCUCUCCAACCACUCAAUUACCAGAAUCAUCAGAAUCAGAACAUGUGCUCUGCUUCUCCUUUCGCGGCGAAUCAGAGCCAGAUCGAUCCGUUUAUGGACCACCGGUUAUACGGCGGAGGAAACUUCCAGGACCAGCAGAUUAUUAUCAGUCGGCCGGCGAGUAGCAGCAUGAGCAGCACCGUCAAAUCGUUUAGUGGACCGAGGCCGACGACGAUUGAAGCGGCGUCUUCCUCCGUGGCUAAGCCGUUGCCUGCGACGAAGAGGUAUCCGCGGACUCCACCGGUGGCUCCGGAGGAUUGUCACAGCGAUUGCGAUUCGUCUUCGUCGGUUGUUGACGACGGUGACGAUAUCGCUUCUUCGUCUUCGCGCCGGAAACCGCCGUUUCAGUUUGAUCUUAAUUUUCCGCCGUUGGAUGGCGUUGACUUGUUCGCCGGCACUGACGAUCUCCACUGCACCGAUCUACGUCUCUGAUCUUGAGGGUAAAAAAAAACCAACAAGAUCCAAUGAUUUACAACAAAAAAAUCUCCAAUUUUCAAAAGAACUUUUUUCUUCAUUUCCUUUGAUCUCAUAUUGAAAGUAAAAAAAGAACGAUAAAUAAAAAAAAAGGAUGAAAAAAAAAAAGUGAGCAUGAUGAUUCUGUCAUUGUGAAUUACAUCGACAAUGAAGAUAAUGACGAUAAAGAGCGAGAGAGAGAGAGCUUGUGUUAAGAUCUGUUACUGUAAGAACCAGAUCUGGGUUUCAUUUGUCUGUUUCUUAUAUAGAUCAACCCUUUGUUA